UCGAAUGUUUUCAACAGUCUAACAAAUCAUGUAUUGUAGUGCACUAUAUCGGAAGAAUAAAGAAUACAUAUAUUAUAUCAAUGUUUGCUCCCUUCAAUCUUUUGUGUGAAGAAACCAGUUUAGUCUCACCGGAAGUAACAACCAUAAACAGAAAUAUUUCAAGAUGAGUCAAACUCGAACUGGAUCAGAAAUUCGACAGUCUGAGGCACAAUCAAAAAUGAUUCAGGAUCGAAUAACAUCCAUUGAACGUCAUCUUGGUACACUUUGUGAUACUCUGUCAUCAUACACAAGAAAAACAGCAAGAUUACGAGAUAAAGGUGAUUUGCUUGCUAAAGAAAUAGUGAAUUAUGCUGAAUAUGAAAAGCUAAAUCCAUCACUGAAAAAAGGUUUAACAACAUUUGCUGAACAUUUAUCAGCUGUACAAGAUCACAGACAGGCGGAGGUUGAAAGAUUAGAUGCUAAAUCUGUUCUACCACUCAGUAACUAUGGAUUAUUGUGUAAACAAACAAAGAAUGAACUCAAAUCAGCUUUUUCUGCACAUGAUAAAGAACAAAGUCAAAGAAAGAAACUAGAAAAGAUUCAAAAUAAAAAUCCUUCAGAUAGAGAACAAAUUGCCAAGAAUGACCUACAGAAGGCAAGUGUUGAUGCUACAAGAAGUGAACGAGCUUUAGAACAACAAAUGGAAACAUUUGAAAGUAAAAAAUUAGCAGAUGUAAAGAAAAUUUUGAGUGAUUUUGUAAAGAUAGAGAUGAUAUUUCAUGCUAAAGCUUUAGAAGUUUAUACACAGUGUUUUCAAAGUCUGUCAGACAUAGAUCCUGAAUGUGAUUUAGAAGAAUUUUUAAGACAAAUUCAUCCAAAUGGUGGUAGUACUAAAAGGAUGUCUAUUGCCUCUACUGUAUCAAAUAUAUCAGGGGAAACACCAAGAUCCACACCAUCUAGUCGUCGGCAAGAACAGAACAAUACUCCUACUAAACAAACAACACCAAAACAAAAACAUACCCCCAAACAGCAACAAACAACAUCUAAAACACAAACAACACCAAAACAACAAACUACACCUAAGCAACAUCAUACACCGAUACAGGUUACCCCAAAACAACAAUCCACUCCCCCCAAACAAAGUGCUAUUAGUGUAAGAUCCCAGAAUUCAACACCACCUACAUUAAAAGGUUCCUCUAAUAAAGCGAACAGUUCACCUGCUAAAAGGAUUAUUCCUGUAGGGACAUUAAAAGAUGACAGCGAAGAGGAUGAUGAUGAUGAUGACGAUGAUAUUAGUGAGUACGAAGAUGAUGAUGAUAGUGAUUGGGAUGAUACAACAGAAGCCAGUACAGCUAGAACACCAAAUGGCAAAGUGAAAAAAUAGUUAGAUAUUAGUUGAUUUAAAGUAUAGUAGUAUUAUCCGUCCAUAUACUUCCAUAAUAUUCUGUCUUUUAUUAUGUUUAUACAGUGCUCCCUUAGAGUAUAGAAGUCCUUUUCAUGAAAAAUUAAAAAUUAUGCACAGUAUAAUCAUCAGUUCUAAAAGUUUGCAACAGGACAAAAAGAGGAUAUUGAUUUUUCACUAAUCUGUUUCUUGUGUGGUAGAGCUAAAUCUGUGAUGAAGUAAAAUAUGACAUUAAAUUAUCAAAGGUACAUAUGAAUUUAAAAUUAGGUAACUAUCGAUGGACUCUUAUUCUUAAAUGUAGUUUUAAGUGAGCACAUAAUUCACUUCAGUAAAACAUAAUGUAUGAUAUAUUAUUAAAGGUAAACAAAUGCUUUUUUAAUCCACUGUACAUUUAAAUCAAAUAUGAACAGGGUUUUGACAUUUUAAACAGAAUGUGUGUAGUUCUGGUGUUUACAGAAGUUGCAUAUUACUGUAUAUAAAUUUAUGUCUGCAUUUUUAAAUCUUCUUGCCUUGGGUAUGCACAUGUUUGUGUCAACUUAAAUCCAUCUAUGUAAUAUACAUAUCUUCAUAAUAUCCAUAUUUAUCAUACAUACAUGUUGUGUAUAAGGCCAUGGUCAUAAAUCAUAUUGUAAGUUAACAGAUUGAUAUAGAUUUUAUAUGAAUGCAAUCCAAUUUGAAUAUUUUAUUUAAUCGUCCAAUUAGCAUCGGGUUGCCUUAAAUUUUAAUUUCAUUUGAAGGCUUUUAAAUUUGAUUACAACAAACUUUCUUAUAGUGCUAUGAUAAAUGUUUCUAGUGUUGUGUUGAAUUAAUCUACAGUUUUUAUUGUCAUCACUAUAUAUUUGUUAUUUAUUUACAUGUUAAAUCUCAUUAAGAAAGUUAUAGCAUAAUAGAUCAUUAAAUCCAAAAGCUCUUAUCACACUAGAUGGAUUUCUUUUUAGCUGGUAGUGAGCAUCAUCAAAAUUUCUAAAGAAUAUGUUGAAUUUGCUGGUGCCAAUUCGUUUAUAAAUUUGUCUUAUUUUAGCAUAUAUAAGAUUUAAUUAUUUGUCACCAGUGAAAAGACUUGGCUCCCAGGAGCUACUGAAUGCACCUAGUGUCUUAAAGGCUCUAUUUUAUGUUAUCAUUUAUUAAGAAUUUAUUUUAUUUAAAUUAAAUACUUGUAUAGAGAAAAUAAUGUGAUAAUCUCUGGUAGCAUGAACUUUUAUUAUAAUGUUUUAUUCUUUCUACACACUGUUUAAAUUGUAUAUAAUAAAGCAUGAUUAUUGUC